UGAAUUUCUAGCUUGUACAGGAUUCUUUACAUGGCAUCACCCAGCAACUACUCCACUGCUCCAGUCUCUGAAUUCUUCCUUAUCUGCUUCCCUAACUACCAGAGUUGGCAGCACUGGCUGUCCCUGCCCCUCAGCCUCCUCUUCCUCCUGGCCAUGGGGGCCAAUGCCACCCUUCUGAUCACCAUCCGGCUGGAGGCAUCUCUGCAUGAGCCCAUGUACUACCUGCUCAGCCUCCUCUCUCUGUUGGACAUCGUGCUCUGCCUCACUGUCAUCCCCAAGGUCCUGGCCAUCUUCUGGUUUGACCUCAGAUCCAUCAGCUUCUCUGCCUGCUUCUUUCAAAUGUUUGUCAUGAAUAGUUUCCUGACCAUGGAGUCCUGCACAUUCAUGGUCAUGGCCUAUGACCGCUAUGUGGCCAUUUGCCACCCAUUACGAUACUCAUCCAUCAUCACUGAUCAAUUUGUGGCUAGAGCUACUAUGUUUGUUGUAGCCCGGAAUGUCCUGUUUUCUCUUCCUGUUCCAAUCCUUUCUUCCCGACUCAGAUAUUGUGCAGAGAACAUCAUCAAGAACUGCAUCUGCACUAACUUGUCUGUGUCCAAACUCUCCUGUGAUGACAUCACCUUCAACCGGCUCUACCAGUUUGUGACAGGCUGGACCCUACUGGGCUCUGACCUCAUCCUUAUUGUUCUCUCCUACUCCUUCAUCCUGAAAGCUGUGCUAAGGAUCAAGGCUGAGGGAGCUGCAGCCAAGGCCCUGAGCACAUGUGGUUCUCACUUCAUCCUCAUCCUCUUCUUCAGCACAGUCCUGCUGGUUCUGGUCAUCACCAACCUGGCCAGGAAGAGAAUCCCCCCAGAUGUCCCCAUCCUGCUCAACAUCCUGCACCACCUGAUCCCCCCAGCUCUGAACCCCAUUGUUUAUGGUGUGAGAACCAAGGAGAUCAAGCAGGGAAUCCUGAAACUACUGAGGAAUUUGUAAUAGGUAGAAAAGAUCAAGACCAUCUUUGGCAUUGUUAAAAAAGUGUAGAAUUAUUUUUAUGUUGGAAAGAAAAUGUCACUUUUUAUCAUGGGAUAAGUUCUGAUUCUCCUCUUUUGUAAUAUCUCAGACAACAAUGGAAACAUUCCUUUGUAUAUCUUUGUUUUUUAUUGCUUCAAAGGAAACCUCAAUUUCCUGGAUUUUCUGGUUACUUAGGAAAUAUCCUAGACAAAAUUCCUAACCAAAGACUUGCCAAGCUUUAGCAAAAUGGGUUGGAAAUGAGAGUGUUUGGCCACUAAGGAAACAAACUUUAUACAAUCACUUUAGAAAGAUCUGCCUGUCUCCUCUAUUGCAAAGGAAAUAGAUGCCUCUCAUGUCUACUGAUUCCAUCAUGGCUUUUGUGUUGUGAAUUGUUUCUUGAGCUGAAGUAUAACUUAGGUUCUUGGGGUUGAGUGUUUUACCCUGAACAUCCCUGACUCUUCCCUGGUAUGUAUGGCAGACAUGCCACCUUUUGGCUUCUCAGAGAUUCCUAGAUCCUGCUAAGAUUUUCCAUCUGUACAAACUCUCUGGGUAUAGCAUUUCUUAUUUUUUUAUUUCUUUCUAUUAGGAUCUUCUUUCUUCAGGGUUUUUUGUUU